UGCUUUUAAGAACAGUUUCGGUGAAAAUGAGUAACAGAGAAGAAGUACGAAAAGGGCAUAUGAAAUGGGUGAUGUGGACGACGAUAGCAAUCGUUGUCUUCGUUGUUGAUGUAAAUUCCGUUUCAACAAAUUCUGAGUUUGAAGAAUUCGUGGCUUAUAAUCAAAAUUUUGAACACAAUGAAACAUAUGAAAGGAAUUAUGCGAAACGAGUCAAUUACGAUGGAGAUCAAGUAUUGAGGAUCUACAAGCAUAACGAUUCGGUGAACGAUUUAGUGGAGCAAUACCAUGAGCACGGUUCAUAUUCGAUAUGGUCGAAUCAACCGUCGAUCGCGGAUAUUUUCGUACGGAGUCAUAUGCUUGAUAACGUUAAAUCGACAUUGGCAUAUUCAAAAAUAAAUUAUGACGUUCUGAUCGACAAUGUGGAAAAAGCGAUCGCAGAAGAGAAUGUUCCUCUCACCAUGGAGAUGCAAGCUGAACUUGAAGGGCGCAAAGGUCAUCGAAUGGAAUGGAGCAGUUAUCAUCGCCUGGAUGACAUUCUUGGCUACUUGGAUUAUCUCGCGGACACUUAUCCCGAAGUUUGUUCGGUUCAGACUAUCGGUCAAUCCGUCGAAGGUCGACCUCUCAAGGUUCUAAGAAUUAGCAAUGGUAGAACGAAUGCACCUGCAAUAUGGAUCGAUGGCGGCAUUCAUGCCAGGGAAUGGAUUUCACCGGCGUCUGUGACUUACAUUAUCGAUUAUCUGGUUGAAAACAGUGAUAAUCUACAAAUUGAUUAUUACAUUCUACCAGUUGUCAAUCCGGAUGGAUACGAGCAUACCUUCCUUUCCGAUCGUUUGUGGAGAAAGAACAAAAGGAAAGGCUACAAUUGCAUGGGUGUAGAUUUAAAUAGAAACUUUGGUUAUCGUUGGGGUGGAAAGGGGACCAGCAGAAAUAUGUGUUCUGAGAUUUACGCAGGCAAUAAAGCAUUCUCCGAGCCAGAAAGCGAUGCUAUUCGAAACUUCUUCGAUGCCAGCUUAGCAAAUUUCAAGGCAUUUUUAACUUUUCAUUCGUACGGUCAAUAUAUUCUAUACCCCUGGGGAUAUGACCAGCGUUUACCGCCUGAUUACAUCGAUCUUGAUACAGUAGGACGUAACGCAGCUAAAGCUAUGAAAGAAGCUACAGAUGGUAAUACUGUGUACACCGUGGGGAACAGUGCAAUAACGUUGUACCCUGCCGCUGGUGGUUCUGAAGACUUUGCAAAAGCAAUGUCUAAGAUCAAAUAUUCAUAUACCAUUGAAUUGCGAGACUCUGGUAAAUAUGGCUUCAUACUUCCGUCUCGUUACAUUAUUCCGACUGCGAAAGAAGCGCUUGCCGCGGUGCAGGUGGUUGCGGAUGCCAUCAUAAAAUCUUAAUUGAAUUACCUUUAUAAUUGUAUGUAUAAUCAAUUGGAGAAUUUUGACUAAGAUAGUGAAUUUUUAGCCAGUUAAUUUGUUACUAUAUUUAAUAUGUAAAAAUUAGAAGAAAUUCUUAAUUUUUAUGUAUGUUAUGCUUAAUUGAUGUUUUUUUGUGAUAUUUUAUAUGUAUAAUCGCAAAUUUUAAUAGCAUGACAUUUACAAAGAACUUAGUACAUAGUGCAACAGUUUUUUUAUCUAUUGCAUUUUUUAAUUAAUUUGUUAUAAACUAAAAAUAUAUAUUUGUUGAUUUUGAGCGUUAUUAAAUAUUAAAUAUACUACUAUAAUGAUAUAAUAUAUCAUCGCAGAUAAUUUGGUAAUUUCAGUAAAUUUCAGUACAAUGUUACAAAAUUUGACUUUGUGAAAAUUAUAUGUUUUAUGUUAUUGUUAACAAUGGAUUUCCAUAGCGGUUUAUACUUUAUAUAUAUUUAACAUAUAAUUUUUUUAAACAUGUAUUUUAUAUUAGCGACUGUAACUGAUUGUGAGACAGAUGCAGUCUGUUCUACAAGAAAGAACGGCAACAUAUUGAGAAUACGCAAUAAAAAAAAAAGGACUGCAACGCAUCAAAGUAAACUCAUAAUGGUAUUGCACAAUUAUCCAGUAAUGAAUUUAGUUGCUCUCAUUGUCAAUUUAAUGCUUAGCACUCUUUUGGUACUUUCAAUUUCUUUUUAAGUUUAUUUACGAGAUAAAGAGUAUCAUAGUUUCUUGAUUUUGAUUGACAGCUGUUCAAGAAUAAAAACAAACUUUUCUCUUAGUAGAGGAAAGUUUCUUUAUGUAAAUAACGUUAUUUUCAAAAUUUUUAUUCUAACAAAGGUAAUACUCAAAAUGACAACAAAGCAUAUAAUGUGCUAAAAAGCAUGCUUCCAGUUCUUCAGUGUUAUGAAGGAAAUGGCGCUAUGAUCAUUUUAGGGGUAAUAAAAGCCAUACACUUUCUCGUAGAACAGACUGUAUAUAUUUAAGGUAAUAACAUUUGUGACUGUUGAAUAAAAUAAAGAGACAAAUAUAGCAAUCCAUUUUAUA